UCGGCGAGCGGCUGCCGCUGGCCGCGCCGCGUUGCAGGCAGGCAGGCGGCGGCACGGAGGGGUCCAACAGGUCGCCUGCCCGCGGGAGCCCCGCGCCCCUGCCCCCAAGGCCGGGCCAUCCCGGGCGCGGUGAUGCAGCGGCUGGCGCGGCUCCUGAGCCUCCUCCUGCCUUCUCCCUCCCGCAGGCCAAAAUCCUGAGCAUGAUGGAGGGCAACCAGCAGCUGGCUCUGCGCAUCGACGGAGCCCUCCAGGCGGCCGGGCAGGAGGUGAGCGCCUUGCGAGCCGAGCUGACAGCCACCAGCCGCAGACUGGCCGAGCUCAGCGCCUGCUCCGCCGGCGGCAACAGCAACAGCAGCCCCAACGCCACGGAGAUGGCCGCGGCCGGCGGCGCCAUGGAGAACAGCCAGCCCAACUUCCAAGUGCUUCUCCGGGAGGAGGUCUCCCAGCUCCAGGAGGAAGUUCACUUGCUCCGGCAAAUGAAGGAAAUGCUCACAAAAGACCUGGAGGAGACUCACGGCGGCAAGUCGACGGAGAUCCUCUCCGCCACCGAGCUAAAGGUCCAGCUGGCACAGAAGGAGCAGGAGUUAGCCAGAGCCAAAGAAGCCCUCCAAGCCAUGAAAGCUGAUCGGAAGCGUUUGAAGGGGGAGAAGGCCGACCUGGUGAGUCAGAUGCAGCAGCUCUACGCCACCCUAGAAAGCCGGGAGGAGCAGCUACGGGACUUCAUCAGGAACUACGAGCAGCACAGAAAAGAAAGUGAAGAUGCGGUCAAAGCUCUUGCGAAAGAGAAAGAUCUGCUGGAGCGAGAGAAGUGGGAGUUGCGCCGGCAAGCCAAAGAGGCCACGGAUCACGCCAGUGCCCUUCGGUCGCAGCUGGACCUGAAAGACAACCGGAUGAAGGAACUGGAAGCUGAGCUAGCCAUGGCAAAACAGUCCUUAGCGACGUUGACGAAGGACGUUCCGAAGAGGCAUUCUUUAGCCAUGCCUGGAGAGACAGUGAUCAACGGAAAUCAGGAAUGGGUGAUGCAGGCUGACCUCCCGCUCACGGCUGCCAUCCGACAGAGCCAGCAGACGCUAUAUCAUGCACACCCCCAGCAUACAGUAGACCGGCAAGCGGUCCGAGUGAGCCCAUGUCAUUCCCGGCAGCCUUCCAUCAUCUCCGAUGCAUCGGCGGCAGAAGGUGACCGGUCGUCCACGCCGAGCGACAUCAACUCGCCGCGGCACCGAACGCACUCACUCUGCAAUGGGGAUAGUCCUGGACCGGUACAGAAAAACUUGCACAACCCAAUUGUCCAGUCUCUAGAAGACCUUGAAGACCAAAAACGGAAAAAGAAGAAAGAGAAAAUGGGUUUUGGAUCCAUCUCCCGGGUGUUUGCCAGAGGGAAGCAACGGAAAUCGCUGGACCCCGGGCUCUUUGAUGGUACUGCCCCCGAUUAUUAUAUAGAGGAGGACGCCGACUGGUGACAACCUGCCCCCCUGCUCCUGCUUCUGGUGUGCGUGCGUGUGUGGGAGUGUCUGUGUGCGCAAGCAAAAAUGCCUCUAACCGAGCCUGGCGGAUCGUGAGCCCAUUGCCUCGUCCGUAACCCGCUGUACAUAAAUCCCAAACAGUCCUCCGUGUGAAACCCGCCCACCCCAUUAACUGUUGUCAAUGGAGCGAUGCCAGUUGUGUUGUGUAACCUUCCUUGGUUCUGUUCUGGGGUGUCUUUUGUUUUUAAUUUGUUGGGUCCCUCCUGCUUUCCCUGUACAUUUUAUUUUCUUUCCUUCUAUUUUUUUUGGGGGGGGGGCUUUCCCCCUCCCCCUUCUUUUUACGAAACUUGAAAAACUUGAAGGACUGAUGUGUAUUGUAAAUAACGAUGGCGAGAACUAU